AACUCUUUGUUUCUUCUAGACGAAGUAAGCUUUGUCUCGUCGGGAUCUGAUGGAGGAGAAGAAGAAGAAAGGCGAUGAUGAAUCGAACUCGAAAGCGCCGUUAAUGGCGUUGAACCAUGUGUCAAGGCUUUGCAAAGACGUUAAGAAGUCUUUAGAGUUCUACACAAAGGUAUUAGGAUUCGUGGAGAUAGAGCGUCCAGCGUCGUUUGACUUCAACGGCGCGUGGCUUUUUAACUACGGCGUUGGGAUCCAUUUGGUGCAAGCCAAGGAUCAAGACAAGUUACCUUCCGACACGGACCAUUUGGACCCGAUGGAUAACCACAUCUCUUUCCAGUGUGAAGAUAUGGAAGCUUUGGAAAAGAGGCUCAAGGAGGUGAAGGUUAAGUACAUCAAGAGGACGGUGGGUGAUGAGAAAGAUGCAGCCAUAGACCAGCUCUUUUUCAAUGAUCCCGACGGCUUCAUGGUCGAAAUCUGUAACUGCGAGAAUCUCGAGCUUGUCCCGUGCCAUUCUGCCGACGCCAUACGCCUCCCGGAUGGCCGACACGCACCUCCUGUUGCCCUCCCUGGCUCAUCCGACCGUAGGAUGCCCCAGCCCAAUUCAUAACACUAUUAGACUCGUUUCGUCUCUACUUUCCUGUGUUGUUUUAAUUAAUGUUUGUUUCACAAACUCCUUCGGUCCUUCCAAGUUAAGUGUUCAACCAUGAGGGCUGGCCAUUUUGGUUUAUGUUGGAUUCGUUUGGGUUCGGUUUUUAAUAAAAUUUUGACUGAACU